AUGCCACAGGGUCCCAAACUCUCUCUCGAGGAGCGGCGGAGAGGCGAGAUAGCGUUGAGUGAAUUUGCAGAAUAUGCAGAUAAGCAGCAAUCGCAUCGCUCGGCCCAGGUGGCCCCGAGCGAUAGCGGCUACUCGACUGCCCACGCCACCGAGGACCACGCGGAACUGGAUAUCCUUGACCAACUCACACUAUCCGAUACCCCGAAGACGGUCAAGUUGAAAGAUCUACUGCUCGGUACGGGUGAAGAAGCAGAAGAUAGUCUGCAGCUGCUGGGCAGUAUCCUGCAGGCCCGGAUUGACGAGGGCCAUGGGGAGACCAUCUUCGACUUGGGACUUGAGGAUGGUGGCGACUCAAUGGGCUUUGACCUUGAGCAAUGGAAUACGGCUCUACAGCGCCUGCGAGAGGCGGCAGAGGCCCUCCCGGCGCAUUGCCGAACCCUGCUUACCUGCAAUGUGGGCGACCCGGAGGAGUCGAAAACCAAGAAUGACCGGAUCAAGGGUGCCUGGGGCAAGAUCCUGAUCCGCCAGCCUGCGGAUACUGUGGAGGAGAUGGCUGAGAUCAGAAUAGCGGUUGUUGGGAAUGUCGACGCCGGGAAGAGUACCAUGCUUGGAGUCCUCGUCAAGGGGAAUCUCGAUGACGGACGAGGCAGGGCGCGAAUCAACCUCUUCCGCCAUAAGCAUGAGGUCGAAAGCGGUCGGACCAGCUCCGUUGGGCUGGAGAUCAUGGGCUUCGAUAGCCACGGCGAGAUUGUCGGCAGCUCGCAGGGCCGGAAACUUUCUUGGGAAGAGAUAGGAAAGCGAUCCGCGAAGGUGAUCUCUUUCUCCGAUCUGGCCGGUCAUGAGCGCUACUUGAGAACUACUGUCUUUGGCAUGCUGAGCAGCAGUCCCAACUACUGUCUACUGAUGGUCGCAGCUAACAACGGCCUGAUCGGUAUGAGCAAAGAGCAUCUGGGUAUUGCCUUGGCUCUGAAUGUGCCAGUCAUGGUGAUUAUCACCAAGAUCGACAUCUGCCCUCCGCAGAUCCUGCAGGAGACCGUCUCUCAGCUGACCAAGAUCCUUAAGUCCCCCGGGGCUCGGAAAAUUCCCAUAUUCGUGAAGGAUAUGGAGGAGACCAUCAACACCGCGACUCAGUUUGUCAGUCAGCGCAUUUGCCCCAUCUUCCAGGUGUCCAAUGUCACCGGUGAAAAUCUGGAGUUGGUACGGACAUUCCUGAACAUUCUUCCUCACCGGGGCCAAUACAACACAGAAGCACCCUUUGAAUUUCUGAUCAAUGAUACCUUCUCUGUUCCUCAUGUCGGAACUGUGGUGUCUGGAGUGGCCAAGUCCGGGGUGAUCCACGCUGGCGAUUCGGUGCUCGUGGGCCCUGAUUCUCUCGGCCAGUUCACCACGACUACAAUCAAGUCGAUUGAACGCAAGCGGAUCCAAGUGAAUGCUUGCUUUGCGGGACAGUCUGGCUCGUUUGCUCUCAAGCGUGUGCGCAGAAAGGAAGUCCGUAAGGGAAUGGUGGUUCUCAAGAAAUUGGAGCAGCCUCCCAAGGUCUACCGAGAAUUUGUCGCUGAAGUGCUCAUUCUUUCCCACGCUACCACAAUUAAGCCGAGGUAUCAAGCAAUGCUACAUGUGGGCGCAGUGAGUCAGACUUGCUCAGUCAUUGACAUUGACCGCCCCUUCAUCCGAACCGGUGAUCGAGCUCUUGUUGCUUUCCGGUUCAUCCAACGUCCGGAAUUCUUGGCCCCUGGCGAUCGAGUCCUAUUCCGAGAGGGUAAAACCAAGGGCUUGGGGAUUGUCAAGAGUGUUGGAUACGACCCGGAUCAUCCCCUGAACCCUGAAGCUAAGACCAAGUGA